CUCUGUUUCGCCUAGUGAUAUUGCUUCCGUAAGUCAUGAGACACAAACUAUCCCACGAAAUCGAUAACUACCCUGAAUCAGACGAUGCGGGCACAAUCAGAGUCACGGCAAAGAUCUUUGGCCAAGACGAUAACUCGACAUUCACGACUCUGUCCCUUGCCAAAGACUUCAUAGAUGAUGAGAACGAAGAGUGUAAAAGCAAAGAAGACUUGAACUACUUCUUGUUGGAAGCCGGAAUCACCGAAGAUGUUAUCAAUAAUGCGAUAUUGGAGCUAAUUGUUUAUGUUGAUGAGGUAACGUGCCCUGCAAGUAUCGAGUACUCUCCUGGCUGUGCUUUGAAUGUUCGGUUGGAUCUUGUUCCUGAUUAUCUCGAUGAUGAUGAUGACUCUGAGAUUCAAGAAGCUGCUCAAGUCUCGUUUGAUGAUACUAGCAAUAUCCGGUUUCGACCAGCUAGCAAGCUCGUGGUCAAGUCGCUACCCAGGAAAGUAUACAACAAGAAGAUUAAAAAGGAAAAGAAGAAGAACAAGAAGAUGGUUAGCUUGGAAGAGUGCAGGAUUUGUUUGCAAGAGUUUAGCAAUGGAGGAAUGGUUGUGACUUUAUCAUGUGGACAUGAGUUUGACGAUGAGUGUAUCGUAAAGUGGUUUGAGACCAGUCAUGUUUGUCCAUUGUGUCGUCUCGAGUUGCCUUGUCAAGAUGAUGAGCUAUAGCAUGUCAAGAUUGUUGGGUUGAACUCCGGUUGCUUAUUGUAAUAAAUCAUUGUUUUAAUAUCAUUUAAAUCCGAUAUUGUUGUUUUGUUACUUCAGAGUAUGUUUUUAUGUAGUAUCAACAUACCAUCUUUUGUUGUCUCAAACA